AUGGUCCCGUUCGAUCUUUUGGCCGAUCGACUAAGGCGAUCCUAUUUGAGGCGGCGAGUUUGCAUAGAGCGAGAUGAUUUCAUCGCUCCCAAGGCAAUGAGUCAUAUUCGAGAUGAGGAAACGGAGAGAUCAGUAGCUAAGUGGAGAAAGCGGCUUGAAGAGCUUUCUCGAAAUGCAUCUAAGGCUGCUGUCCAGGAAAAAGACGGAAUCUCCGAUUUGCCAGCACUGUGUAGUGGUGAUAAUGCUGUGCAUACUUUCCUCCAUUGCCCAUCGUGGGUAGUGGAAAGAGGAAAUUUGUUUGUGGCUCUCGGUCUGGACUUAGAUCUAGACCGAGAGUAUAAUUUGGUCGAAGCCAUCAUGUGCUCCUCCGAAACCUGGACGUCUUUCGCAAAUUUUUACGAAGCCGUUAUGAGAAGAAAGGAAGAGACGGAGAGGGAUCGCGAGAGGGAUCGGAGGGUGAUGGAACGCCCUCUUGCACCGCUUAUUCUUUCCCAGGACUCUGCCUCUUCAUAG